GGCGUUGUCCCGGCUGGCAGCAGCCUGGAGAGCUGGAUGUUCCUGAAACCCGAGCCCGGGUUCUCCGAGCUGGAAAAGAAGCUCAAGAGCUUCUCCCAGAAGAGUGCAGUGCUCAAGGAGGUGCUGCUGGAGUUCAAGGAGAACCUGCGCUUCGAGCUGGAGAACGACACAGCCGACCUGUCCCUGGACCCCGACACGGCCAACCCCUACCUGGUGCUGUCGGAGGACAAGCGCAGCGUCCGCCUGCGCGGGGCCCCCCAGGAGCUGCCGGCGCACCCCAAGCGCUUCGACUACGCCUUCUGCGUCCUGGCCUGCGAGGGCUUCCAGGCGGGGCGGCACUACUGGGAGGUGGAGGUGGGCGACGGCGAGAGCUGGGUGCUGGGGGCCGCCCGCGAGUCCGUGCGGCGCAAGGAGAAGGUCGACUUCGCCCCCGAGGAGGGGAUCUGGGCGGUGGGGCUCAACUGGAAGGGCAAGAAUUGGGAUCAGUACCAGGCGUUCACCUCGCCCGAGACGCCGCUGUCGCUGUGCGAGCGGCCCCGCAAGGUGGGCGUGUACCUGGACUACGAGGGCGGCUGGGUGGCCUUCUACAACGCCGACACCAUGGCGCCCAUCUUCACCUUCACCGCCGCCUUCUCCGAGAGGAUCUUCCCCUUCUUCUGGCUCUUCUACGUCGGCUCCUCGCUGUCCCUCUGCAACUGAGGCGCUGCCGCCCGCCCGAGCUGCCACCGCCACUCCUCCUCUCCUCCCUCUCCUCCUCCUCCUCCUC